AUGAAGGAGAGAAGAAAUACCCAGCCACUGGUAGUGAGAUGUAAAUUGGUUCUAGUUGGGGAUGUACAAUGCGGAAAAACCGCUAUGUUGCAAGUCUUAGCAAAGGAUUGCUAUCCAGAGACGUAUGUGCCCACGGUGUUUGAAAACUACACUGCUUGCCUGGAGCUGGACGACCAACGCGUGGAGUUGAGUUUAUGGGAUACAUCAGGAUCGCCGUACUACGAUAACGUACGGCCACUGUGCUACAGUGAUUCAGACGCUGUUCUCCUGUGUUUCGACAUCAGCCGCCCAGACACCGUUGACAGCGCUCUUAAGAAGUGGAGAACCGAAAUCGUGGACUUCUGCCCCAGCACACGCAUUCUCCUCGUCGGCUGCAAGACAGACCUGCGGACAGACGUCUGCACGCUGAUGGAGCUGUCCAACCAAAAACAGACACCCAUAACCCAUGAGCAGGGCUCUGCCAUGGCCAAACAGCUGGGUGCGGAGGCUUACCUGGAAUGCUCAGCCUUCACCUCGGAGAAGAGCAUCCACAGCGUCUUCCGUACGGCCGCCCAGGCCUGCAUUAACAAGCUCCAGCCACUGGAAAAGCCAAGCCCCACGCGCCGCCUCUCCAAACGCCUGUUGCACCUCCCCAGCAAGUCUGAGCUGCUCUCCUCCACUUUCAAGAAGGAGAAAGCCAAGAGCUGCUCCGUCAUGUGA